AUAACACAUGCAGUGAAGUCUAGUUGUUUAAUCAUUGGCAUAGUUAUCUUAAUAACGUGACAUACGUGCCGUCAACUUCAGAACGCUUAUGGAUUUUGUCUUGGAUGUAUUGCUUACGAGUCUGACAGGGGUGAUAUCUGCGAGCAUUCGCCGCAUUUAUUGAUGCAGACAGCCGACGCAAGAAAGAGUGGAUAUAAAAAUAUCAGACAGACUUUGUUAAUUUUAUAACUUAAAACCAUGGAAGACCCGGCAGUGGUUACCGUUAUGGCGAUGCUCUCCAUGUUUUCUAUUUGCGGAACAAUCGGAAAUUCACUCGUCAUUUACAUAUUCUCGCAUAAGAAGGAAAAGUCGACUGCUGGCAUAUUUAUUAUGUGCCUUGCAGGAACUGACCUUUUCACCUGUGUGUUUGUUAUGCCCUUCACAGAGGUUGUCGUGUACCUGAAUUACAUGGUUAGCUAUGAUGUUGCCUGCAAGGUUUACAUGUUUCUCAUCACAUGCAAUGUACCAUUCGCCGCGUUCAUAAUGGUGGCAAUUGCAAUUGACAGGUACUUUUGUAUCUGCCAUCCAUUUCUACAUGUGCUCAACAUAUUUCGGGCAAAAGUUAUCGUUUUAUGUUUACUGAUAGUAGCAUCUACAUUUGGAAUUAUCACAUCUCUGUCAUACGGUGUUUACUCCUACGAACUGGUUGUGCCUGAAAACGAAGCUCUUGCCAGCACAAAUGAAACUAAAACUGUAUUAUAUGGCCAAAAUGCAACAUUAAAUACUGCUGAUCAUGGUAUGUGUUCCAAUUGCUCAAAUGAAUUAUGGGAACUGGAUGUUGGCGACCUUCAUGUAUUUGGCAAAAACAAAACAGACAUGCAGGCAGGAUUUGAGUUAAAUUAUACAGGUCUAUGUGCUCCAAACCAUAUUCUUACUGGACCAAAGUUUCUGAACAUUUAUCAACGUGCGUACGCUGGGACGUACCUGCUAUCUUUUAUCGUUGUGUUCGUCCUGUAUGGCCUUAUAUACCGGUCAAUACACAAGUACCGAGCGAAAAGAAGCAGAAGAAAACGUUCCAGUCUUUAUCCUUCAGGCGUAAGUCAUGUUACCAGUCUCCUUCCACCAUGUAUUGAGUCCAUGAAGGCCGAAACGCAGUUGACGGCGGCGACCCACGUAAAUCCGCACAGUGGCCGACGGAGCGAUCCAAAUCUUAAAAAUGGAGAUGACAACGUUGACUUCCAAACACCUACGGAGAUGCAGCCCAGGAGACCUAAGCCGCGGAAUGUAACGCGAGCAAUUUCAAUCAAAGAGAAAACAUUAUUGGCCAAUAUUCGGACAGCUGUCAUGUUGUUUGUUGUUACUGUUGUUUUUCUGGUUGCGUUUUUGCCUGCUUGGUUGAUGGGAUUACAGGCGAUAGAGUUUAACGCCGUAAUUUUCUACAUGUAUUUUGUAUAUCAUACUGCAAAUCCUUUCAUUUACGCAUUCAUGAACAAGUCAUUUAGAGACGACCUUGGAAAGGUUCUCAAGUGCCAGAGCAUACCCUUGGUUCGUUGAGAAUUUUUAAAAUACUAAGCGCCUUUCUUGUUGUUGUUUUUGUUCUCAUAUGGUUAUUACAGUCAAACAGUCUGUCGCAAACAAGGAAUGACUGAUACGCAUGUUCUACUUAAAAAAAAUGUAACAACAUAGAAAAAAAAGUUGUAAAGGGUCAAAUGCCAAAGGUCGAAGCAUCUUUCUACAUUAUAAAAUAAAAUAUCAUGGCAUUUUUGUAAAAUGGUAAUAUCAUUAUGUAUUAAUUUAUCAAGUUUAUAAUUGCUUGAUCGGUUUAAAGAACUGGUUUCAAUCGAACGCAUACGAGUGUUAUAUAAGUCAAUAUAAAUAAUAAAAUUACAAUCGGUUCAAAAUUCAAAUUUAUUUUGUUUUAAUAGUCUUUAAAUUUGCUAAUUUUAAUUCUGAUUGAAUAUGGAAUUCAAUAAACAUGUUCUAAAAUGAAGAAUAAAUUUCAACAAAAAAUAUAUUUUACCACAGCCUUGGCAUUGUUUUUAUCUUACAGAGGAUACUUUUUUGUUCAUGAGCACGAUAAGAAUUUAUUUUUAAAACAUGUUGGUGUUCAUAAGAAAAAGAAUGAUGCAUGUUUACCAUGGAUUUUUAUUCCCUCUUUCUUAUAAAUUUAAUACUUAAUAUUAAAUCGCUACAAAUAUAUGUAAAUUAAUGUUAUUCUGGAAAUGGUGUUAUUGAAUUGUAUUCAAGUAUUUUGCGCGUUGCAGUUUGGUAUUAACAAAUGAAAGGGCUAAGAAAGAAAACAACUGUGAAAAUUCAAUUCAAUAUCUCUCUUGUUCAGAAGGCUAAUAAAUCAGAAUAUAAUCCACUAUUAAAUUUUAAUACACGAACCAUACAACAUGAAUAUUUCUUUUUCAUUAACAUUACUAUGUAUGAUAUUGUAUAAAUGUAACACACUUUUAUUUCUCU